AAACCGACAAUACGAUAAGUCGAUACUUCAAGUCUACAAUAUUUUACAUUAACUUUACAAUCGUUUGUACUCGUUAAAAGUAUUUUCGGCUUCCUAGUAUUUGAUAUUCUGAUACACAUUAUUCUGUUCUACUACUUAAAAUUUGACUAAUUAUUGUUUAUUUAUUUUUGUUUUAUAAUUAUAAUUAUUGUCAUUCGCCAAUGGGUUCACCGUCGGCGUGACUGUGACUGGUUAGUGGCUGUGUGUCUCAGUUAGGUGCUGUUACACCCCUCAAUUUUCUGUUUUUGAAUUGUUGCGGCAUCCGAAUUCCGAGCAUUGUCGUUUGUCGGCAAUAUAACAAAAUAUUAUCAUGUCGUGCGCAUACUUUUUCGCACGACGUUGGAUCGAUGAAACUAAACGCGGCUGAUGAACAGUUCGCCGCUGUAUUUAUUAGUUUUUAUCAAGCGACGGUCAAAAUACUAUCACCCAAAAAUUCAAAAACAGUGAUGAGUGAUGACGAUUAUCCCAAAUAUCAAAAUUGAAAUUACAAAAUAUUUACAUAUCCAGUAAAAUAAUCCAUCGUUGCGUGUAGAUUUGAGACAGUCGACUUGUGUUCGGGUUUCUCCUAGCUAAGCUUGGAAUCAUGGUGGAAGACAAAAUCCUGUACACUUUCCGGGGGUGGUUGGCGUUUGUGGCUUUCAUGGACCUCGGCGUAACAUUUCGAUCAUUUUUCGAAAACAAAUGUAUCAUUGGGACGCAGACCAAUUUACAGGCAGACGAACAUUUUAUACAUGAAGAAUUAACUUUGCCAAGAGUGCUGGGUAUGUUUUCGCUUCUUAAAGCUCUAUGUUUGAUACAUUGCUCAUUAUUUAUUCACUAUAAGCCAAUGGUCAGUAUUGGUGCUAUAUCUAUGGUUUUAUCUAUAGUUUUGUAUCUCAGUGAAGCUAUUCAUUAUCGUUCAACUACUUUAAAUUUCUUUAUUGUUUUUCCAAGCAUUUUAAAUGGUUUAACAUUGAUUGGAUUAUACUUAAUUGUACGCAAGAUUAAUAAGCCACCAGUUGAAUGUGUGGAAGAAAAUGUUGAAAUGUUAAUGAGUAAACUCAAAUAUCAAAAAAAUAAAAAAUAUAUUUGUAAAAAAAAAUAGGUAUGACUAUGAUAUAGAAUACAAGAAUCAUUCAAGAUUUAUGGAAACAUUUGUUUUUUCAAUUUUGUAAAUUUUUAAAAGAUUGAGCUUUCCUAGUUUUUUUAGUUAAA